CCACACAAGCGCACUCACAAGGUCACACUCGCCACCAACUCGGAGCUUCCCCUUCCCCACCCCACCCCUUUUACCAACCCUUCCGACACCGCAAGGGGCGAUUUUCAGGGCUCGAUUCCUAUCCCAAACCCUUCGAUCGCCGGUUACUCCCAUUCAAAUCGAAGCAAUUUAUGAGAUCUCAGAGUUUAUGUGUUUCUUAUGUGAUGGAGAUUGAAGCUUCGGAGAUGUAGGCUCUGUUACAAAAAAUCAGCGCAAAGCUCGCCUAUCGGCAACCAAAUGGCAUAUGCAAGUUUGAGGCAAGGUGGCGUGGGAAGUUCCCGGGAGGCGAACAGUUUGAAGGGUUCAUCGAGCUCGAUCGAAUCUCUCGGAAGGGAGAUUCUGGAAAUGAGAUUAAAGGAUGCCAAGCGAGAGCUGGAUGAGGAUAGAGAUACUGAACCAGACAUUAUUGAUGGAUCUGGUAAUGAACCCGGUCAUGUUAUUGCCACUACCAUUCAUGGUCGAAAUGGUCUACCCAAGCAGAGAGUUACUUACAUAGCUGAACAUGUGGUCGGAACAGGUUCUUUUGGUGUUGUGUUUCAGGCAAAAUGUAGAGAGACUGGAGAAAUUGUUGCCAUUAAGAAAGUCCUUCAAGAUAAGCGUUAUAAGAACAGGGAGCUGCAGAUUAUGCACAUGCUGGACCAUCCUAAUAUUGUUGCUCUCAAGCACUAUUUCUUUUCAACCACGGAAAGGGAAGAGCUAUAUCUGAAUCUUGUACUCGAGUUUGUCCCUGAGACUGUCAGUCGAAUGGCAAGACAGUACAACAGGAUGAACCAACGUAUGCCCCUUAUAUAUGUGAAACUCUAUACCUAUCAGAUUUGCAGGGCACUUGCUUAUAUACAUAACAGUGUGGGCAUCUGUCAUCGUGACAUCAAACCACAAAACUUACUAGUGAAUCCACAUACACACCAGCUCAAACUGUGCGACUUUGGCAGUGCGAAAGUUCUGGUGAAAGGAGAACCUAAUAUCUCUUACAUAUGCUCAAGAUAUUAUCGUGCACCUGAGCUUAUAUUUGGCGCAACUGAGUAUACAACUGCAAUUGAUAUGUGGUCUACAGGCUGCGUGAUGGCAGAGUUGCUCCUUGGGCAGCCCUUAUUUCCUGGAGAAAGUGGAGUCGAUCAGCUGGUUGAGAUCAUUAAGGUUCUGGGUACACCCACGAGGGAAGAGAUAAAGUGUAUGAAUCCAAAUUACAAUGAGUUCAAGUUCCCCCAAAUAAAGGCUCAUCCAUGGCAUAAGGUUUUUCAAAAGCGGCUGCCUCCAGAAGCAGUGGACCUUGUCAGCAGGUUUCUUCAGUAUUCGCCAAAUCUUCGCUGCACUGCCUUGGAAGCCUGCAUGCAUCCUUUCUUUGAUGAGCUGAGAGACCCCAAUACUCGGUUACCUAAUGGUCGCCCUCUCCCUCCGCUUUUCAACUUCCGAUCUCAAGAGGUGGUCGGCAUUCCUCCGGAUGUUCUUCACCGACUUAUUCCGGAGCAUGCAAGGAAGCAGAGCUUGUUCAUGGCCUUGCGUGCUUAGCAUUAGGUGAUGCUAUAAUUUUGUAUAGUCCGCGGAUCCUUUCUUCUAGUGUUACUUUCUCCCUUUUUUCCUCCCUGAAGUUUCUGUUUCUUUUUCUGUUUCUACGCUGUGUGGAGUUGCAAAAAAAAGCUUGUAGAAUGUUGGAACCUUGACUUGCUGUUAUUUGGUUUUUAAGCCGUGAAAUCUAAUCUUGUGUUUCCAAAUCUUGAAUUUCUGAGUGGUUUAAAUCUUGGCUGUCUGAGUUUAUCUA